UUUAGUUUUGCCAGUUUUAAUGGUAUAUUUCACCAAUCUUCCUGCUCUUCUCUAUCCCUAUUGUGUUCUAGCCCAUGCCCUCCUUAUCUCUUGCCCGGUCUAGUUAUUUACAUGCAUGUAGUCUCCUUACUUUGAAAUUUGUUCUUGUCAAAUUUAUCCUCUAUAUUGCAGCUAGAGGAGAGAUUUCUCUAAAACAUAGCUGACCAUGUUACUUACUACUUAAAGCAUUUCAAGGUUUCCCACUACACAGGAUAAAAGUCUAGGCUCCUUAGCAUAACAUAUAUAUCUCUCUGAUCUAACACCCUAUUGCCUCUCCCAUCUUGUCCUGUUAUAUUUUAUUCUACAACAAUUCCAAGUUUUAAGUUCUUAUAAACACUAAUACGCUUCUAUCAUGCUAGUCCCUCUAUGUUCAAUAGUCUUCUCAACUGUUUUCAUCAAGUUAACUAUUUUUCAUCCUUCCAAGUUUAACUAAGGCAUCAUCUCUUCCAUUAGCCUUCUUCAGAUCCCCAUACUGUGCUAAGUGUCUCUGCUUUCUUUGAGCUUCUAAUACCCCUUAAGCAUACCUCUUUUACCAAGUGAGACUGAAAUUCUUUGUUUAUAUAUCUGUUUCUCACUUGGAUUUGUGAGCAACCUGCCCAUUUUAUUGAUCUUGUACCCCUAGAAUCUAGCAUGAUGCUUGGUGCCACAUAGGUGCUUAGUGUUUAUUGAACAGAUUAUUUGAAGCCAGUACAUCAUGCUUAUUUCUGUCUCUGCCAUAUCUGAUACUGUUUUCAUCCCCUGGAAUGCCCUUAUCUGCCUUCCUUAUAAUUCAAAUCCUUUCUUGUCUUCCAAGACCCAUCAUAACUUCCUUACUGCUUUGGCUACUGGUAUUCUCCCCCUCCUCUGAUUUCUCAUAGACUUCACUGUUCGUUGCCAAUUGCAUUAAUUAUAGCCCCUUAACUGAAUUAGCCUUCUUGAGACAAUGGAUUAUAUUUUAUUCUGCAAUAUCCAUCUCAGGACUUUAUAUGGUAAUAAGUACAUAGUUUUUCUCAAUAUUUGCUAAUUGUUUAUUGAGAGGCAGUGUCAUGUAGAAGGAUAAAUAUAUAUUGAUAGAUAUGUUUGAAGUCACUUAACCAGUUGUAUCUCAGAUUCCUCAGGUGUAAAGUGAAAAUAAGGCUACUUCACAGGAUUGUCAAAGGAUGAAGUUGAAGCGGUAUAUGCAGUACCCAUCACAGAAUAGGUCCUUAACAAAUGUUACUUUUUUUGAAAUGUUUGUUCGCCUGUCAUACCUUUAAAACAGCAUUUAGUAUGAGAACCUACAUUUGCCAUAUUUGUAAUAUCACCUUUACAUCUUUAGAAAUGUUCCGGUCCCAUAUGCAAGGAAGUGAACACCAAAUUAAAGAAUCCAUUGUUAUCAAUUUAGUGAAGAAUUCAAAGAAGACACAAGACUCUUACCAAGAUGAAUAUGCAGAUUAUAUCAAAGUGCAGAAAGCCAGAGGACCAGAGUCCAAGAUUUGUUUCAGAAAGAUGGAAGAGGGUUCUUUGGAAACCCGUGGGUACAGGGAAGUACUUGAUUCCAGAUCCAGACAUAGAAUGUUUAAACAAAGACUCCCAUGUGAGACUUUCCGAACAUACCCAGGAUCAUAUAUUUCACAAACAGCAGAAAACCAGUUACCUCAUUGCUUACCAGCUCAUUCAAAGAAGACCUAUGACUCUUUCCAAGAUGAAUUGGAAGAUUAUAUCAAAGUGCAGAAAGCCAGAGGACUAGAUCCAAAGAUUUGUUUCAGAAAGGUAAGAGAGAAUUCUAUGGAAACCCGUGGGUACAGAGAAAGUGAUUCUGGACACAAACAAAGAAUGUUUGAGCAGAGAUUUUCACUUGAGACUUCCCAGACCUACCAACAACCAUAUAAUAUUUCACCAGUGGAAAGCCAGUUACAUCACUGGUUACCAGCUCAUUCAAAGAGGACUUAUGAUUCUUUCCAAGAUGAACUUGAAGAUUACAUCAAAGUGCAGAAAGCCAGAGGACUAGAGCCAAAGACUUGUUUUAGAAAGAUUAGUGAUAGCUCUAUGGAAACCCAUAAGUACAAAGAAAUGGUUGAUUCCAGACCCAAACAUAGAAUGCUUGAGCAAAAACUCUCAUUUGAGACUUCCCAGACCUAUACAGGAUCAUACAGUAUUUCACAAGCAGUGGAAAACCAGUUACCUCAUUGCUUACCAGCUCAUGACAGCAAACAGAGACUAGACUCUAUGACCUCUUGUCAACCCAUCAGAGACUAUUUCCCAGAAAAACCAGUACCCCUGAGCCUUAGUCAACAAGAAAAUAACUCUGGCCCAUACAGUGUAGAAUCUGAAGUUUACAAACACCUUUCCUCAGAAAACAGUACCGGUGACCAUCAAGCAAGUCAUAAACGGAGACAUCAAAAGAGAAGAAGGCACCUGGAGAAAGGUGAAGAAAGGCCAGAGAAAGAGCAGUCCAAGCAUAAAAGGAAAAAGAGUUAUGGAGAUACUGAUCUAGAGAAGGAAGAGAGCAUCCGACAAAGGAAAAGAGAGGGAGAUAAAGUCAGUGUCAGCUCAGGAAAGCUUAAACAUCGAAAAAAGAAAAAAAGCCAUGGUGUGCCCACUGAGAAAGAAGAACGUAAACACAAGAAAGAGAAAAAGAAAUCUGUUGAAGAAAAGACUGAAGAGGAAAUGCUUUGGGAUGAAUCUAUUCUUGGAUUUUGAACUUUUAGUUUUGUUUACCUAAGGAUGAAUUGAAGAAAUAAGUUAAUAUGGAUUUAGACAAACAGGAACAUCUAGUGAAGAAAAGAAACAGUGCAUACAGUAUCAGUUCAGAAAAGCUUAGUUUUUGUGUGUAUAAAUUGAAAUUGAAUGGAAAGAAGAAACAAACAAGCUUAAACCUACCCUCUGAGAAAGAGCAUAAGAAAAACAUAAAAACAUAAGAGAAAAGGAAACCUAUUGAAGAAAAUAUGAGAGUCAGUGUUUUGGGAUAAGUCUGUUCUAGGAAUUUGAACAUUUCAUUUUGAUUACCUGAGGAUGAAUUGAGGAAAUCAAUUUAGAAAAUGGAUUUAGACAAAAAACAAGAACAUCCAAUGAAGAAGAGAAGAGGUGAAUAUGGACAUUGUCAAUUUAGGAAAGUUUAGUUUUGAGGGUAUAAAAAUUGAAAUUGAAUUGAAAGAAGAAACAAGUGUAAACCUAGUCUCUGAGAAAGAAGAGCAUAAGAAUAGAAAAGAAAAUGAAACCUAUUGAAGAAAGAUAAUGCUUUGGGAUGAGUCUACUCUUGGAUUUUGAAUUUUUUAGUUUUGUUACCUUAAGGUUGAAUUGAAGAAAUAAGUUUGAAGAGUUUGGUUUCAUGAAAUUGUUGUUAUUUGAAUUUUCCUAAAUGAAGAGUUAACUUUAACCUCUAACAAAAGCCAAGUGAAGUAAAAGUAUUCAAUAUGCCUUUUCCUCAAGCUACUUUUCCUCAUUUUCUUAAAAAAAAAGCAAAGCAAAAUUACGUUUCUUACAUAUAAUGUAAUUUUACUUAAUGAGGUUGUCUUUACUUCUAUUCAUCAAAUGGCUGUGGUGGUGAAUUAUUCACCCAUGGGAGAUAAUUUAUUUUAAAUGAGAGAAUUACCAGGCAUUACAGAAUCCAUUCCUUGUUUGGGUUUUUGUUGGUGUUGUUGGUAUUUUGUUGUUGUUGUGUUUAUUUGUUUCUUGGUUUUCUCCAAGAAAAAUUUAUGAAGAAAUUUAGACUGAUUUUUUUGUUUGUUAAAUCUAAUUUGCAGUGUAUUUUUGUAUUUUCUAGUUCUGAAAGUGAAAAUGAAAUAGUCUAUGAUAAGUUUAGACGAUAUAUAGUUUUAAAAAGCUUUCAAAAAG